GCUCCAUCGGCAAUCUAUCUGUUUAACGUCGAAUAAUAUUUGCGAUUCAAUGGUCCACGCCCACAAACAACCCCCUAUCAUGCUUACAGAUUUGUUGUAUAAUCUUCAGGGCAGCAAAAUGAAAUGCCCACGGGGACCUCAACCUUUUCAAGGGGAGAACACUUUAGAAGAACGCGCUUUAACAGCUUUGGUCUACUCAGCCGACUGAUCAAAUGCCACAAUAAAGAACCCCGCCCCAUAAAGCGGCAGGUAAUUGGGAACAUGGGUAUUGGGCUAUAUUAACAUCGGAACCGUUCCUCAUGGGCAGAUGUCCUCAUGCGAGGACAUCGGAACCAUGCUUGUAUACAAUCAUUGAAAGGGUGAGAGGGAUGUGAGAGAGGUGAGUGGUUGAGAGUAACGGAGGACCGGAGGAUAUGGCACGUUUUCGUUGGUGGGAUGUAUGUAAUUAAGCUCAGCCCGGAAGUUGGAAACGGAAUUAGUCUCCACCCCCGCCUUGCUUCCGAAAUUGUGCCGAUGAAUGCGUUUUUCGACUUGUCUACUCACGUUCUGUCAUUGGAAGUUCUCUGAGGUUUUUGUGUGGUUCUAAGUUCUCCAUUGGGGGGAAUGCUAUGGGGUUUUCCAAACAGUAUAAAAAGGCGGGGUGUUUCUGGGAAUUCAUUCCCCUCCGUAUAGCGAAACCUGAUCUGCAUAUCUGUGCAAAGCAAAGAGAAAGUUUUACUUUUGGCAAAUAUACGAAACAGCGCAAUGACGGGACAAUCAGACCCGACCAAACGCCCACGCAUUCCCAUAAAGUUACCUGACGAUGAUCCGCUCACCAUUCUCCCCGGCUCGGAUUUUGUUGGCUGUGGAUAUAACGUCCUUCGAGGCUUUUACGCAGAUGCUACAAGCUGCGGUGCCAGGCUGUUCCAAUUGGACAAGGAUGGAUUUGAACAAGUGGAAAUAGCACGAGGCUACUUGUUCUCGAAACCGAAAUUGAUCACCGAGCAUCCUGCCAUUGGAACUCAGUUUUGGACGGCAUCUGGAACGUCGAUUAAAGAGUUUGUGUCCCAAGUGAACUCUAGGACGAAAAUCGAGGGGGAGUAUAACUUCUUUUCGGGGUCUAUUGAGAGCGAUUUCGGACAAUCUACGGCUGAGAAUUCGCAAAUGUCGUUCAGCAAAGUACAAUAUAAUGUCGAUCUUUAUACCUUGCAAUUACCUCCGAGUUCGACUGCAUCCAAACUCGUGGAUCCCAAAGUCCAGACCGACAUUGAUAACAUGGAUCCGUUCCAGUUGUUCAAUACCUAUGGCACACACUAUGUGGCCAGUUUGGUGAUGGGUGGACGUGCAGUCUACACAUCGAGCACCAACAAGUUCGAUUUCAGUUCAAAGUUUAGUCUUGAUAUCGUUGCCAAGGCUUCUUACAAGGCGCUCACUGGAAGUAUCUCUGCGGAAGAAGAACUUAAGUUUCGUAAUGACAUUCGGUCCUUUAAUGAGAAUAGUACCACUCAUUUGCGUACGACGGGUGGGAGUCCCGGCCUCGGAGGCGAUUCGUUCCCUGAACACGCUAAUGAUUGGGCCAAGAGUGUCAUUGACUAUAUUGCGUUUGUGGAUUUCCUGGAUUUCAACAGUUUACAACCGAUUUGGGGUUUGGCUUCUACUCCUGCCAGGAGUGACGCUCUUCACAAGGCCUUUGCUGAGUACUGCGAAAAAUACCAGGAACAUUACGUUGUCGAUAGUGGACCUUACCUUCGGGCAAAGGUUGUUCCACUUUCUUACAUUCAGUAUACUGACCGUGGUAGCGGGUCACGUUCGGACCUGAGCGUCUGCCAGGCGGAUAUUGGUGGUGGCUGGUACAGCUUAGGCCAAAUUGCCUUUCCCAACUACAACACCCCAUCGGGACGGACGGUUGUUGUUCAAGAGAUUGUCCCCAACUCUGGUGCGCUGGCGGAUGUCGCCAGUUGGCAGCGUGUCUGGGAUGAUCAUGGGUCUGGCAAAUCUGGAAAUUAUAACCUUUGGCGAGGACUGGCCAGUAACCCUGUCGAUUACGCCGUCUUGGGCGAUUUCUUCCGUGGAGACGUCGGUGACCAGAAUCCGCCCUCUGCUGCCGAAGCUAAUGGUAUCAAAGCAGUCAACAUUAAAUGCUUAACCCCGGCCCAGAUUGGAUCCAAAGUAUGGGAUGACACUGGUACGCACGCCUCUGAUGACGGAUCGGUCUGGAAUAUUAUUCCUCGCGAGCAGACGAUCGCUGCACUUGAUCCCUCCAUCUCCCCGUACUUCGCCUCCGCGAAGAAUCAUUCUCCCCCUCAGCGUGAUGUCUACGUGCUCAAAAAGUCGGCGGUGGUGUUCGUUCAGGACGUCGCUUCCAGAGACUUUUCCAGCAACCUUACGUAUUCUCAUGAUGAGCUUCCCGAUGAAGGCCAGGAUAUCACCACUCCCCUAAAGUUUGGAAGUCUGCCUAACGAUAUCGAUAAAAACCUGUUACCUGAUUCCAUUCUGAAGCGGGACAAGUUACAUCAUGCAACUAGCCCCGCGUUCGAGGUGCACACCACCAACGACUUUCAAAAGGUUGAGAAUCGCUGUGGGUUUGCGAGAUUGUAUGCCAACGGUGGUGACAACAUUUUGACUCUGGUUCAAUAUCGAGCUGAUACGAAAAAGUACGAAGAUGUUGUGACCUGGUUUGGUGGCAUGGCAGACACCAUGCAUGCACUCGUGCAGAGCGGUUUGCGACAACGCGAUCGAUUCGAGUUCCGUCUAGUCUUGGUCAUGGGUGUUUGUGUGAUCUGGUUGAAAAAUCUUGUCAACAAGGACAAAGAUUACUUUGUAUCCUUGAGCCAUGUGUUUCCAUACAGGAGUACACAACUAGUUGGUAGAACGGAUAUGGCGAAGGCGCUGACCACCUUUCUUGACAUCGUAAGCUCUCAACCGCCGGGCCUGAAACCGAAUCCCGACCACCCAUAUCAGCCUGGAACACCAGAGGUUUCGUAUGGCACCUACAGCAUCAACAAUUUCAACAUGACGGAAGGACAAGAAAGAACUCAAUGGUGUUGGGCCGUUGUAUGCCAGUCGAUUGCGAGAGCUUUGGGAUUGGCAGCUUACACGCAACAAGAGAUUGUGACUGCAGUUUUCGGAAAACUCGACAAUAAGCCCAAGGUGAUCGACGUCGCACUUGAAAAAGUUUACAAUUUGAAAUAUGUCGCUGCGAACCCUGAUAGGGCGGCGACCCAAGCAGAUGUGUUUGCUAGAGGGCAGCCUUUUGCUCAAACGCUUGAAAUGGUCCAAGGGACCCGCACCUGGUACCACGCAGUCAUCACUUCAACGAUGGUUUACCAGGCAAGGAAUUCCGUGCUCACCGUUUGGGACUCUGCGGAUGUUGUACCCACAGCGCAGGAUAUUACGUGGGACAACUUUAGUCGACCUGGAGGUUAUCGGAUGAUUGGUUGUUACAAUGGGGUCUUUGUUCCAAAGAGAUGAGGACUGUUACGAACAUUCCAGAGAUAUAUGUCCAUAAGUUUGAAUCUGAUGUAGGCAUCUGUCAAUAUAUUGGAAUUUUUAAAAACCCAAAUUACAGGACAUGACAUGGCCAAUUAAAACUUGGAUGCUUGCUGG